UUAAACCAUCAAGUCGCCAAUCCCCGACACUAAGUUGUGUUUCAUUAUUGUUCAUAUUAAUUUCCCUGACUUCCUCACAUAUUUGUGAAAAAAGAACUUUUUUUUUCCAAUCAGCCUACUCCAGCCACUUGUGAAAGUAUUCCGCUGUUGGUACUUUUCCAGGGAUUCUAUUUCGUGUUGCUACUUGCGCAGAUAUACGAUUUGCUUUCCUACAGCGAUAUCAAAGAUGUUCCCGAAUCUGCUCUUCACUUCUCACGUACCUAGUUCCCAGUUUUAAUGAAUUGAAAUGGUUCUUGAUGAUCCAGGAAUAUUAUGCCACAGAACUCUUAUGACAAAAACUCCUUGGAUCUUUCAACAAUGUUUUCUACAGAAAAGGCGGUCUCCGUUUGGGCAUGGGUAAUGUUUUCAAUAAGUUCAUUUAUCGUUGAAGGUGGAUUGUCAAUGCUUUGCCAUGAUGUUGAUUCUACUUCAAAAGUAGUUAAACUACAAUCAUCUCUAUCGCUGACUUGUGCAUUGCGAAGGGAGUGCAUUGAAUCAUUAGAUGCAAAUGCAAGUCAUAUAUUCUGGAAACUAAACGAUACCAAAAUUCCACAAGAACAGUAUCGUUUCAAUGAGACUGUUUCACGUGUAACCUUAAAGCAUUUUGAUGCAGUGAAAGGCUAUUUGACAUGUCACAUUAAUAUCAAAGGAGCACCAAAUAUCCUUCAUCGUUUUACUAUUAAAGCAGGAUUGCCUCCUGAGAAGCCAAAAAAUAUUUCCUGUGUUUCAUACUUAGAGAAAAAUUUUACUUGUUUCUGGGAUCAAGGGCAUGAAACAUAUCUAGAGACUAAUUUUACAUUAAUUCGAAUAAUAGAACAUUUUGGAAAUGAUACCUGUGUUAAUACAAGGAAGAACACAUGCUCCUUUUUUUUUCCGGCUGUAUAUGUUGUAGAUUGCAAAAUUAUUGUUAUGGCGGAGAAUGCUCUCGGCAAAGCUUGGUCUGAUCCUUUAGACCUGAAGAUUCGGCAGACUUUCAGAACUGGUCCACCUCGGAAUGUAGCUGUUCACUCUGUCCGAGGCCAAGGGAGCUCACUGCUUGUAACCUGGCAAGACCCCACGGAGCUGGCACCAUUUAUCGUUUUACUUUAUAACAUCCAAUACCAAAUGGUUGGUACAAGCAAAUGGAUUCAGGUAACAGAAAAAGAAGAAAUUAUUAACAAUUCAUUUGUAAUUAAGAAUCUCAAACCCUUCACUAGCUAUACAGUAGCUGUGCGAUGCAUUGGUAAAGAACAAACCAUAUGGAGUGACUGGAGUAACAAGGGAACUGGAUUAACUUCUGAAGCUAAACCAUUGAUAGCACCAGAACUAUGGAGGCAGAUCAAAAAUCUUGAUUCUCAAGGAAUUAGAGAAGUACAUCUUCAAUGGAAGGCUUUGAACAAGUCUAAAGCAAAUGGAAUCAUAUUGGGAUACAGGAUAUGGUCUGAGAAACGAUGGGAUCAAAUGAUGAGACAACAGGAUAACACAACAUCUUUGAAUUAUUCCUUGUUGCUGACACAUGAAGCACAUGUUGUAACCGUCGUUGCUUAUAAUUCAGUGGGUGAUUCUCCUAAGGCAGUCUUGAUAGUUCCAGCAAUAAACCACACAGCUCCCACGACUAUUCAGUAUGUUCAAGUUACAUCACAGAAUAAUCGACUGCUCGCAGAGUGGAAGACUUCAGAACGACCAGAUAAUGGAUAUAUCGUAGAAUGGUGUUUGUUUUUGGAUACAAGCCCCUGUGCUGGGCCAUUGCACUGGCAAUAUGAAGGAAAUACUACUGAAAUGGCAUACUUACAGGGAGAUUUGAAACCAUUUGUGUGUUAUAACAUCUCUGUUUAUGCUGUGUACAAUGAUGGUCCAGGAAAUCCAUGUUCAACACUAGCAUAUCUGCAACAAAGUUAUCCAACAGAAGGCCCGAGUGCUGCUGCUCAUAAAAUAAAAGGAACAGAAGCUGUCAUUAAAUGGCAGGAAAUCCCAGUGGAAAAGCGACGUGGGUUCAUCACUCAUUACACCAUCUUUUAUGAAUCUGUGAAAGGUAAAAAUGCUGUAACGCUGAAGCCAAAUGUUUGUGAAUAUACACUGAAAUCUCUGCAGAAAAAUACUAAAUACUUUGUGCAUGUAAUGGCAUCCACAGUGAAAGGUGGUAAAAAUAGCAGUUCGAUUUUCUUCAAAACAAAUGCAAUUGAGCAAGAAGAUAUUGUGAUAAUUGUGAUGCCUUCAGUUCUUUGCUUCCUACUAGUGAUCAUUGUAUCGGUGGCCUGUUUCAAUAACCAACAUUGGAUUAAAAAGUACCUUUGGCCAGAAGUUGCAGACCCAGCAGGAAGCAGUAUGGCUGAUUGGUUGCAAAAACACCCAUCUAAGAAUGUCCAUGUUCUUAAAGUACUGAAUCUGGGGAAUGAUUUCACAUCAGAAUUCAGCACUGUUGAAGUUUUGCGACUAUCUGAGGAAGACAAGCUGAAGUUUGCCUGGAAAGACAAGACUUCCUCCUUGUACGCAUCAGAAGAGGAAUGUUCUCCCGACUUGUCUCCACAGCAGCAAGACAUUACAAAUGGAGCUGAGGUGGCCAGGUUGUUGCAGCCUACAGAUAUAGUCACAUACACAGUCCUGGAGGAGAGCUACAAGAGCCAGGUGCCUGAUAACAGGCUGUUGCCAGAACAGCCAUUAUCUUCAACUAUUCCGGAAGCAAGUGCAGGGGAUCAGGUAAAUGGGCAAAACACAUGUGAUGGAGAAGAAGAAAACUGGUGGCAACCAAAUACCAAUGAAAAUGAUCUGUUGCAACAAAUAAUUAAAGACAGUCCAUAUUUGAAGAACUCCUUAAAUGUAAGAGAGUUGCCAAAUGCACCUGACCCAGAUGACUCAAUUAAUUCAGGGGUUGGUAGUUGCUCUGAAGUGGACGUGGCAAUGCCUGGAGAUACUGGAACUCUAGAUCAGAACCAGUACAAUGCUCAGCUUAAUAACCAUCCAGUUAAACCGGUGCAAACUUAUAUUACACUGGAAUUACUGGGGCUAAGGCUCAACAAAGGAAUGUAAUUGACUAAUCUGCUGGAAACAGCAUUUUUUUUAACCACAGGAACCUCAUAUUUUUAGAAUUACUAACAGAAGAAAUACACAGCUGGACUGCAGGGAUGUGAAAAGAGAAAAGUUAAUUAAUGUUUCUGUAGUUCUGACAGAUCAUUAAUCUAGUUUUGUCAUUUUUGGGUCUUUUUCAUAUUUUAAUUUUAGUGUCUGCAGUUGUUUCGUUUAACUGCAACUCUUCUCAAGGAAUAUUUUUGGCUAUCAGGAUUACUACAAAAUAAUAAUUCAUAAGUGUGACUCAGAUUUAGUUAACUUUCCAUUAUCUGUCAACAACCAAAUCAUGGCUUUGGCUCUGUCCCAAUAGAUGAUCCCAGGGAAAAUGCUCAGGAACAGCAUAAGCAAGAAGCCAAAGCUGAGAAUUUUUAUCAGUGUACAAGUGCCAGUUACAGACCACUCCCUUGUCUGCUGGGUUACAGAACUUAUAUCAUUGCCACAUAGAAUUACAUCAAUUACUAAAUGUGAAUGUGUGUUGCAGUUUUACAAUAUGCUGAUCAAGAAAGUGAUCAGGGAAUUUCUUGGAACUAAAUAUAUGAAAUGAUCAUGAUUUGGUUGUGGUUAAAAAGCAAUGGAAGAUAAUGGAUUCCAUCAGGAAAUGUUUGGAUUGCAGUUGAAGUGUUAAAACCUAUUAUCUUUAUUUCAAAUCUGCUCAUUACGCCAACAACCUGCACUGGCUAAAAUAUCCUCCAGCAACUUCUCACUCUUGCAAUUCUGAUACAUACUUGAUUUUCAUUGUUCUGUGUGAGACCAUGCCUACAGCUGCCUAGUCCCUGCAAUCAGAAAUUCUGUGCCUCAGUCUCUUCACCUCUACCUCUGUCUUUGUUUUUGUUCUCUUUCCUUAAUUUCUCUUCAUGUAGCUUGGUUUAAAUGUUGUUUAAUAAUGCUCUGAUAAGCUGCAGAGCAUUUCGUCUCCGUUAAGUGGCAAGUUGUCCAGUGAGUUGUUGAUUUUACUUAUGAAGCAUUAAUCCCAGUCUAGAACAUUGCUCAGGUAAGAAAGAUGUUACUCUUUGCCGUUUACCAAGAUCUUUAGAGGAAAUAGGUAUUUUACACUAAAUACAUUGCAUUCAUUGCUUAGUCACAGUUAUGAACUUGCAAUAUUGGAACCCUUGUUCCACAUUUAAAGUAGGCUAUUGACUGAGGUAGAUGGGUACUUUGGAAGGACUGUAGUUGGCCCCUUUUAAAGAGAAGCCCACUACUCCAGUAGGACAAAUGCAGCUGGUUGCAAGAGAACGCCACCACCUGCAGGUUUCCCUCCCUGUGGCACGCUGUCCUGACUUAAAAACAUUGCCGAUUAUUGAUCGUCACUGUGGGUGACUGUUAGAACUCAGCAGCACUGUAGCAGUAUCUAAAUCAGGAGGCCUUUCCUGCAAUGCUCACUUCCUGUAAAUAAAUAAAAAUAACUUUAUUUUGUUAACAGGUGAUAAGGCCAUAUCGAAUGCAGUAAAAAUCAAGUCCAUUGUUUGCUUUAUGCCUCAUUUGAAACUAACACUGGAAAUAUGCACUGAGUUUAUAUGCAGCUAUAGAUGGAUACAUAUGAAUUGCCUAUUAGCUUAUUUAUUUUCUCCACUAUCUCAUUGAGUCAUUCAGGCCACUAAUGAUCUUGGACACUGUUAUCUGAUAUUAAAUGGAACAGUAUUAUUGUCCUCAGCGCUCAUGGGAGAGUUUCAGUUUCUGAUGCUGACACAUGAAUUUUGCAGGAAGGAGGAAGUGUCCCUGUGGAUUGGACAUGCCCUGCUGCCCGAGUGUAGAAAUGGCCCCAUGGAAUAAAACAUACAACAGUACAGUGCAGGACCAGGCCCUUUGCCCAUCAAGUCUUCGUUGACCAUGAUGCCAAUCUAAUUAAUCCCAUUUACCUACACAUAGUCUACAUCCCUCUAUUCCCUGUUUCAUGUGCCUGUUUUAAUGCCUCUUAAAUGUUGUUAUUGUAUCUGCUUCUACCACCUCCCUGGCAGUACCUACCAUUCUGUGUAAAAAAGACUUGCCUUGUACAUCUCCUUUAAGUUUUCCCCCUCUUACCUUAAACCUAUUCCUUCUAGUAUUUGAACUUUCCACCCUGGGAAAAAGACUCUAUCUCCCCUAUUCAUAGUCUUAUAUACUUCUGUCAGGUCACCCCCUCAGCUCCUCAGCUUCUGAUACGUCAGAGAAAACAACCAAAGUUGUAUACAGUUGCAACACGACUUCCCAACUUUUGUACUCGAUACCCUGACCAAUGAAAGCAAAUAUACUGUAUUCCUAUCUACUUGUGUUGCUAUUUGCAGGGAUCUAUGCAUCCAAAGAUCCCUUUGUAUAUCAAUGCUCCUAAGGGCCUUGCCAUUUACUCUAUACUUUCCUCUUGCACCUCACACUUGUUCAGAUUAAACCCCAUCUGCCAUUUCUCCAUCCACAUUUCCAGCUGAUCUACAUCCUGAUGUAUCCUUUGACAACCUUCCUCACUAUCCACAGCUCCACCAAUUUUUGUCUCGGCUGCAAACUCACUAAUCAAAUCAUCUACAGUUUCAUCCAGAUCAUUUACAUCACAAACAACAGAGGGCCCAGCACUGAUUCUUGCAGAACACCACUGGCCACAGACCUCCAGUCAGAAACCACUCCCCUCCCCACCACUAUGUCUUCUAUGACCAAGCCAAUCUUGUAUCCAACUUACCAACUCACCAUUGAUCCCAUGUGACUUAAUUUUCUGGACCAGCCUACCCUGUGGCACCUUGUCAAAUAUUUUACUAAAAUCCAUCUGGACACCAUCCACUGCCUUACCCUCAUAUUCAUCAUAUUUAUUGCUUCCUUAAAAAAAUUCAAUCAAAUUUGUGAGACAGGACCUCCCCCACACAAAGCCAUGUUGACUUUCCCUAAUAAAUCCAUGUUUUUCCAAAUGCAAAUAAAUCCUGUCCCUAAGAAUCUUCUCCAAUAAUUUCCCUACCACAGAUGUAAGGCUCACCGGUCCUUAGACAAAGGAAUAACAUUAUCUAUUUUCCUGUCUUCUGGGACAUCACCAGUGGAUAAAGAAAAUUCAAUGAUCUCUGCCAAGGCAACAGCCCUUGCUUCCCUCAGUAUUCUGGGAUAGAUUCCAUCAGACCCUGGAGACUUAUCUGCUUAAUGUUUUCCAAGACACCCAACACCACCUCCUCCUUAAUAUUGACAUGCCGUGGAAUAUCAACAUAUCCCUCCAUGAUCUCACCAUCAUCCAUUUCUUUACUCUCGUUAAACACAGAUGCAAAGUAUUCAUGAAGGACCUCACCCACUUCCUCUGGCUGCAGGCACAAAUUCCCUUGUUUGUUCUUGAGAGGACCUACCCUUUCCCUAGUAUAUCCUUGUUCCUAUUAUCCAUGUAAGGUGGCUACGGAAUGAGGAAGAAAGAAAAAUUGCUCACAGCGUUCAUGACCUCAGACCAACUUAAAACAUUUCACAGCCCACAGAUACCUAUUUCACUUAACUUGUACUCAUCGAGAUAUGGCAGCCAAAUUGUAUGCAAAAGUUCCCACUGACGGCAGUUACAUAAAUGACCCUCUGAACUGCUGUAUUGAGAUUAAUGAAGGGAUAAAUGUUGGCCAGGAUACUGUGCUGGAUCCCCCACAUCUUCAGGUAGAGUAACACUCGAUGACACUUGAUGCAGUUUUCAUUGUACAUUGAAGAAUUUCUUAUCUCACUUUCACUGCAAGGGAGCAACAAUUGGAUGCACGAGAGUUUGCCGCCAAAAAUGGCUGAACUUCACCGUUUUUCCAGUGAUAAGCAAGGGAAGGUGAUGAUGAGCAAGAUGUUACAAAGGGGCUUAUAAAGUAAAAGAGGGUCUGAAAUGAUGACUCUUGGGUUUGAAGAGCUGAUGGGGAGAGUUCACUUCUGGUGGAGAAAGAAGAAAGUUUAAGAUAUUUUAUCUGUAGUCCGUGGGAAAAUGUUAUCAUGAUUUUAAGUACAGUGGCCUUGAAAUUCUACUGCUCUGGUGUUAGGCGGUGGAUCGAUGAAGAACAAAUGGAGUGGGAGAGGGGAGGGAUAAAAGAAGGGAGAGAGGGAAAGGAUAGCGGGAGAGAAGAAAAAGAUAGAGGAAGAGGAAAAGCUUAG